AUGGACGGCUUGCGCCAGCGCUUCGAGCGCUUUCUGGAGCAGAGGAACUUGGCCACCGAAGCGCUCGGGGCGCUCGAAGCCAGGACCGGUGUCGACAGGCGCUAUCUUGCCGGGGGAGCUGUCACUCUGCUAAGCCUGUGUCUGCUGUUUGGUUACGGGGCGUCUCUACUCUGCAACCUCAUCGGCUUUGUUUACCCCGCAUAUGCUUCAAUCAAAGCCAUCGAGAGCCCAAGCAAAGAGGACGACACUGUCUGGCUCACCUACUGGGUGGUGUUCGCCCUGUUCGGGCUGGCCGAGUUCUUCAGCGAUCUACUCCUGUUCUGGUUCCCUUUCUACUACGCGGGCAAGUGCGCCUUCCUGUUGUUCUGCAUGACUCCCGGGCCCUGGAACGGGGCGCUCGUGCUGUACCGGCGGGUCAUCCGGCCACUGUUUCUAAAGCACCACGCGGCCGUGGACAGCGCCCUGAGCCACCUCGGCGGGCGACUUCUGGACACGGCAGCCGGAAUAACCAGGGACCUCCUGCAGGCCCUGUCCCGCAGCCGGGCUCUUGUCACCCCAGCGGCUGUGGCAGGGCCCUCCACUGCUCUUGGAGCCAAUUCCCAGUCCGACCUGACCCCACCACAGACGGACAAUUGAAGCAGCCCCCUGCCACUGGCGAGGAUCUCCUGGCUGGCAAGAAGGGGGCCACGUCAGGCACACAG